AUGUACGAGUCUCGCAUCGUGCUAGAUGCAAACUUGCAUGCGCCGCUCUCAGUAUCACUAAAACAGAAUCCCAAACACUUAUUGGACCAUUUGGCCAGCAUAGUAUUUGCCGCAAACCUGUGGAUGCGUUGUGACUCCAGACUGCUGUCGUCCUUCGUCACUGGAGCUCUCACAGCCACAACUGUGACCGUAUUUCUCCUGCGCGUGGUGCCCGGGACGUACGUGGUGCUGCCGUGCGACCCGACCAUCACCCAUAGGCCCGUGCUGCUCGACGAGUACCUCGACAGCCUCGACAAGCACCAGGAGGUCUUCCCGGAGGAGUCCCUGAUCGACACUCGACCCCUUCACGUCCCUUUCUUCGACGGGCAGCAGCUGAAGGAACGGCAGAAUCGACCGCCGAAGCAGGAACAUCUCCAACGCACCAGUGAAGGUGACGAGAGAAAGAGGACGCUAAAAGAGGAGGCGAAGGAGACAAAGCAAGAACGAACCGAAGACGAGAAAACCAAGAAGAAGAAGAAAAAGGAAGUAGGAGAAGGAGAUGUAGAGGACCAGCACCAGCAGAAAGAGAAACGCCUUCAGCAGGAACUUCAACAGAUGAAACAGAAGCUCCAGCAGGACCUGGAGGAGAGGGAGCAGAAGGAGAGGAAGCAGAUCCGCAAGCACCAGCAGGAGAUUCAGCUCUACUUGCAAGAGGAAGAAAGGGAAAGGAAGAAUAAACAGGCAAGAGAGGCGGAGGACAUGAUGAAGAGGGAGAGGGCAAAACUCCAGAGACAAAUGGAGAAAAAGAGAGAAAGGCGAGACACAGAGAAUGAGAAGCUCGUCGGUGAUAAACCCAGGAAGGAAAAAAAGACAGAGGAACCAGAGGGGAAGAAGAAAAAGGAGAACGACGUGGAUAACGAUAAAACAGAGGCGAAGGAGAAAAGUGAAAAGCAGGGGAGAGGGAAUAUCCUUCGCCCUCCUGAUUCCAUCAUCCUCCGUUCUCUCCUAUCUCUCGGCCUCGUGGGGGAGAGACAGCGCCAACACACCAAGACGGAGGGGAAAGAGAGAGACAACAAGAGCCACCAGACGAGCCAAAGAGACCCACGAGAAAGGGAGAGACCGAGAAAAAGAAAUCGACGCACCAGCGGCCCUACUUCGAGAGUCUCCAGACCCAAGACCAGGAGACUUUUCAGGGCCUUCCGAAGGCGGGAACUCCUCUCUCGCGUCGGGUCACGUGACUCCCUCGCAUCACCCGAAACUUAA